AUGUCGUCGCGAAUGUGGGAGGUUGAUCCGGAGACGAAGACCAAGCUUCUUGCGAUCUCCAAGACCAAUGGCAACGAUAGGUGCUGCGACUGUGGCGCGCCCUCUCCACAAUGGGCCUCGCCGAAAUUCGGAACCUUCAUCUGCUUGAACUGUGCCGGGACGCAUCGAGGCCUCGGUGUUCACAUCUCCUUCGUGCGCUCGAUCACCAUGGAUGCCUUCAAGCACGCAGAGAUUCAGCGGAUGGAACUAGGUGGCAAUGAGCCUUGGAAGUCUUUCUACGAUGCGCAUCCCACGACCGUAUCUGAAGGCCGUACAUUCGAGGACUCCACCAUUAAGGAGCGAUACGAGGGAGACGCAGGCGAGGAGUGGAAGGAGAGGUUGUCCUGUAAGGUCGAGAGUCGCGAGUAUGUGCCCGGCCAGGAGAAGAAGAACAACGUGCCAGUACCGCGGUCAGAAACGCCCAAAAGUCUGAGCGGGGCUCGAACUGCAUCACCCGCUGCGUCGUCGAUUCGUUCGCAGGAUAGCCAUCGCGGGGUUGGCGGCGUGCCUACAAAGAAGGAGCAGAAUGAAGCCUACUUUGCAAAGCUGGGGGGCGAGAAUGCGACGAGGUCGGACUCAUUGCCGCCCUCUCAAGGUGGGAAAUUCACUGGGUUUGGUGGGGGCUUGCCUCUUGCGACUGCUGAGCGUCGGUCAUCGCCAUUUGGUGGGUUUGGCGGCUGGGGCGGCGGCGGCGGUGGUGAAGCUGGCUCUGAAGGAGCUCCGGCUCUUGAUGGCCUUCAGAAAGACCCUUUGGGUACUUUGACCAAGGGUCUGGGCUGGUUCGCCUCCACAGUAGGCAAAAGUGCGAAGCAGGUCAAUGAAUCAUUCUUGCAGCCCACGGCCAAGCAGCUGGCCGAAUCCGAAUUUGCUGCCCAGGCCCGUGUCCAAGCCGCGAGCUGGGGUCAGAACCUACAAACAGGUGUUCGGGGCGCCGCAGAUCAAUUCAAUCGUUUCGUCGAGGGUCCCGACGAUGCUCGCUCUGGGGCUGCUCGCUCCCGAGUCGAGCCCGAGCGCCGAGAAUUCUGGGACGAUUUCUCGUCCCUCGGCGCACAGGACCGAAACCCUUCCCAUGAGCGCAGUGGUUCACGCUCGGACAACAUCGGUACCGCUGCGAUGAGGAAGGGUCCUGCGACGAGUGCCGCGUCUCCGUUGGCUGCUUCUAUGUCCGCUGCUUCAUCCGGUAAUGUGACUGCGCCGUCGGUUGCUGCCAAGACUGAGGGCGAUCGUGGCGCUGCUGCUGUUCCUUCGGGCGCCGCGAAGUCGAAGGAUGAAUGGGAUGAUAACUGGUAA